CUUAGCUGUAGCAAAAUAAAUUAAUGUCAUUGGAACUUGCAAAUAAAUUACUUCGGCGAGUUGAAAGUAUUUUUUUAUUCCCUUACAACUUUUUCCAUUGUUCAAUUGAAACAAAUACAUUUUAAACCCUUAAGAGGUGGAAAAAAGUAAAACAUGAAAUAUAUCACUAGCAUGAGAUUUUAUUUAAUUCAAAUACCAGGUUCAUUUAAAUCUCUAGGGAAGAUAUGUGAUUUUUUGUGUAGGAGAAAUGGUCUAAUUGUUAGUAAUUGUGCUAAAGACAUUUUGAGUGGCUUGCUAUUUCUGUCGGGUUGAUUCAUAAAGUUUCCCCAGUUGGUUUAUUUCAGUAUUAUUUCUGGGGGAGGGGAAAUUUGAAGUUUGUUAGGUGUGUCUGGUAGAGAGCUUUUCCACGCCCUCAGGAUCUGGCGCGAAACAAAGCCAUGCUCGAUAGGGAGUCCUGUUAGACUUCUUGUAGGGUCAGUGUGUCUGAGCUGAGUUGAUUCAAAAUUCUGGAAAUAUUACCUCAUUUAGAGGGAAGCAGUUUUUCAAAAUGAUCGGGCAGAAAACCAUUGCAUCGUAUUUCGGUCCUGUGGCUAAGAAAAGAACUUUGUCUGAAGUUUCGGAGGAAGGAGUCGAGAAUGGGAAGGACAGCUAUCAAGAGGAGGAGCACAAUGGCAUGAGGACCCCCGUCAAGAAGCUGAAGGCUGGCCCGGACGGAGAGGAAGCGCCGCCGGUCAAACCCAGCUCCCCGCUCAGCCCCGAGCAGCUGUCCCGCAUCGAGAGGAACAAACAGGCGGCCCUGCAGAGACUCGCAGCGCGCAACGUGCCCCCGGGCUUUGGGGAGAGCUGGAAGAAAGAGCUGCUGAUGGAGUUCAGCAAACCGUACUUUAUCAAGCUAAUGGGAUUUGUAGCAUCAGAGAGGAGGCGGUGCACAAUUUACCCACCACCUCAUGAAGUCUUCACGUGGACAAAGACAUGUAACUUCCACGAUGUGAAGGUGGUUAUUCUUGGCCAGGAUCCGUACCAUGGACCGAACCAGGCUCAUGGGCUGUGCUUCAGUGUAAAGCGCCCAGUGCCACCACCCCCCAGCCUGGAAAACAUGUUCAAGGAGCUUCAAUCAGACAUUGAAGGCUUUGAGCCCCCAGGACACGGUGAUCUAACCGGUUGGGCUAAGCAAGGAGUGUUGCUGCUGAAUGCGGUCCUCACCGUGCGAGCACAUAAUGCAAACUCUCACAAGGAGCACGGCUGGGAAGAUUUCACAGAUGCGGUUGUGUCAUGUCUGAAUAACAAACUGGAUGGCUUGGUGUUCAUGCUGUGGGGAGCGUACGCACAGCGCAAAGGCAGUGCAAUCAACAGGAAACGUCACCAUGUACUGCAAACGGUUCAUCCCUCUCCACUGUCUGCGCACCGAGGGUUCUUUGGCUGCAAACACUUCUCCAAAACCAACGAAUUGCUGAAGAAAUCUGGAAAGACACCCAUCGAUUGGACGCUGUUGUGAGCCCGAUCAGGAGUGUGUGUGUGUUCCUGGGAGCCUGCUGGCCCUAACGACACUGAUCACUGAAGAUUUCUCAUGACCCCAAGCUGGGCAGGAUUCCUGAUUUUGUUAAAUGGCUAAAGGGGCCUUUUUAUUACUGGAUAGUUGUGUUGAAUCUCUGGAACAGUAGUGCUCACUGAAGAGAUCAGAUCGAUUAUUUUUCUUUUGUUCCGAUGGCCAAUGAAUGUUCGGGUGUAGUUAAUAUCCUCUUAGCUACAGAAUUUCCACAAUGUCAUGUGUUUAGUCCAUGACUGGAAGCUUUUAAAUUGUAAUUUCAUUGUAAAUAUGUCUGUGCAUUCAUUAAUCUGUUUAAUGUUCUGUUUGCUGUAAACUGCUUUGACAUCGACUUGUAAAUAUGUUUUAAAUAAAAGCUUUUACUACUUCUGA